AGAGCUGGUGGCGGCGGCAGGUGGCGCGGGAGACCGUAGCGUGCCAUGGGGCUCCCCGCGCUGCUGGCCAGUGCGCUCUGCACCUUCGUGCUACCACUGCUGCUCUUUUUGGCUGCGAUCAAGCUCUGGGACUUGUACUGCGUGAGCAGCCGCGACAGCAGCUGCUCUCUUCCCUUACCCCCCGGGACUAUGGGCUUCCCAUUCUUUGGGGAAACGUUGCAGAUGGUGCUGCAGCGGAGGAAGUUUCUGCAGAUGAAGCGCAGGAAAUACGGCUUCAUUUACAAGACACAUCUAUUUGGGCGGCCCACGGUUCGUGUGAUGGGCGCGGACAACGUGCGGCGCAUCUUGCUCGGAGAGCAUCGGCUGGUGUCGGUCCACUGGCCCGCGUCUGUGCGCACCAUCUUGGGCUCUGGCUGUCUCUCCAACCUGCACGAUUCCUCGCACAAGCAGCGCAAGAAGGUGAUUAUGCAGGCUUUCAGCCGCGAGGCACUCCAGUGCUACGUGCCAGUGAUCAUUGAAGAAGUGGGCAGUUGCCUGGAACGAUGGCUGAGCUGCGGCGAGCGCGGCCUUCUGGUCUACCCCGAGGUGAAGCGCCUCAUGUUCCGCAUCGCCAUGCGCAUCCUGCUGGGCUGUGAGCCCCCGCGGGCUGGCAGCGGAGAGGCAGAGCAGCAGCUAAUCGAAGCCUUUGAGGAGAUGACCCGCAAUCUCUUCUCGCUACCCAUCGACGUGCCUUUCAGCGGGUUGUACCGGGGCAUGAAGGCGCGGAACCUCAUUCAUGCGCGCAUCGAGGAGAACAUUAGAGCCAAGAUCUGCCGGCUGCGGGCUGGGGAAGCAGACAGGAGCWGUAAAGACGCGCUGCAGCUGUUGAUUGAGCACUCCUGGGAAAGGGGAGAGCGGCUGGACAUGCAGGCACUAAAGCAAUCUUCAACUGAACUACUCUUUGGAGGACAUGAAACCACGGCCAGUGCGGCUACAUCUCUGAUCACUUACCUGGGACUGUAUCCUCAUGUUCUCCAGAAAGUUAGAGAGGAGCUGAAGAGUAAGGGCUUACUUUGCAAGAGCAAUCAAGACAACAAGUUGGACAUGGAAAUUCUGGAACAACUUAAGUAUAUAGGGUGUGUUAUUAAGGAGACCCUUCGACUGAAUCCCCCAGUUCCAGGAGGAUUUCGAGUUGCUCUGAAGACUUUUGAAUUAAAUGGAUACCAGAUUCCCAAGGGCUGGAAUGUUAUCUACAGUAUCUGUGAUACUCAUGAUGUGGCUGAUAUCUUCACUAACAAGGAGGAAUUUAAUCCUGACCGCUUUAUGCCGCCUCACCCAGAGGAUGCAUCUAGGUUCAGCUUCAUUCCAUUUGGAGGAGGCCUUAGGAGCUGUGUAGGCAAAGAAUUUGCAAAAAUUCUUCUCAAAAUAUUUACAGUGGAGCUGGCCAGGCAUUGUGACUGGCGGCUUCUAAAUGGACCUCCUACAAUGAAAACCAGUCCCACUGUAUAUCCUGUGGAUAAUCUCCCUGCAAGAUUCACUCAUUUCCAGGGAGAAGUCUGAUGGGCAUGAAUGCUCAAAAUUUGGACUUAUUUGAAGUGUACAUAUGAGUUUUUAUAUACUGUUAUGUUGACUUAUUAUAUUUAAUUUCUAAAUGAUAUUAUAAUAUUUAUAUGUCUCUACUAUAGCACCAUGGUCUUUAAAUAUUAAAAUAAUGAAUUUGUAUAACUUCCAAAUGAAAUAAAAUUUGAA